AUGGCCUCGUCGAUCUCCGCUCUCCACUCCCCUCUCUCGUGCCGCCUCUGCAGAAGAAGCUCGCCCACUGGAUUCUUCUCCCGCUCUCGUCCCGCCUGCGCUCUGCCCUCGUCGCCCCUUCUUUCUUCGAGGACGCCUGCCUCCCUUUUCGGGUCCCAUGGGAGGAACCCGCCUGUGGAAAGGAGAGCAAUGCGCAUCAGGGCCGUCGCAGAGGAGGAGACCCUCGUUUCCGAGAGUGGAGGAGACGAGGUGUUGCCGGAAGCGGCCCCGCAGGCGGACCAGCCCGUCUCCGUCCCCGUCUCACCGUCCGACGUGCUCACCAUGUUCUUCAAGGCGAGUGCUCCCAAUCAAUCCCUUUACGCGCCAUCUAUCUUUUUUCCCUCCGAUUAACCGAGAAUUAUGUCCCAUCAAUCGAGUUCCGAAGAUGGCCCGAGCAUUUCUCUGUUCUAGCUCCUCCUCACCUCUUCUAGAUUAUUUCACGGAUUGAAGUUUUCUUUCCACUCGACGUGAAGGCCGAAGGGACCAUGGACGAGGCGGCGAUCGCUAAUGUGACCAAGGGCCUGGAGGUGGGUUCUGCUACUCACCAAUCAUUCUACGACAUCUUCUCCUGCCAUUUCUGAAGAAUUAUCCAAAUUCGCGCAGGGUUUGGAGGGCAUCAGCGACCUGAAAGUGCGGGUACUUGAAGGCAUCGCCAGCGUCGAGGUACUUCUUGCUUCUUCUAAGGGAAUAAUUUCUAUAUUUAUCUUUGUAUAUAUGAUGCCGAUAGCUCAAUACGAUGGGUUUAUUUCGAAGAACAUCAUCGGUUGACGAUGGCUUUAUUUUGAAGAACAUCAUCGGUUGAUCCUGUUUCUUCGACAACUUGGGUUCCACAGCUGAGAUUUUUCUCAGAUAAUUGAGUCCCGUCUGCUGAUGAGACCUGGAGAUUUGCCACAGCCAUGAGUCACCGAGCGGAUCAUGGUUGCCAUGCAUUAGACUGAUAAUCACACAGAACGAACGCCGUUGAGAAAUGUUAUUUGCAUGGAAUGUGGUUCCUCUUCAGUCAGAUCAGGAGCUCCUGUUUUUUAUUCAAGAGCAUCAGGAAACUACCCGGAUAAAAACCACACCUUUGGCCAAGAUGCUCUUUGGGGAAAUCUUUCUCCAUCUCAUCUGUGCGGAAAAUCAGCAGCAUUGACUUCCCACUCUGUUCUAAGAUCUCUCACUGGUGAUUGUGGCAUCAGAUCCUACUAGAUUUACCACCAACAUUUUUCUUGCUAGAUCAUAAAAUCAGAAAUCUAGUUUAUAUUUUAAUUUUAUGGCGGUAGCAUAGCCACUGGCUUUCCUCCAUGCUUCUACUUCGCCAUGCUUUAAAAAAGGCUUCAAGAUUCCAUAUAUUGCAUGGAACCUUUCUCCUGCUCCUUGAGCUGAAAGAAAAAUUACCAUAUAUGCUGAUGUUUCUCCCCCUGAUGCAGUUGGCGAAGCAAACCACGGUACAAGCCACCGGAGUGGCAUCGAAUCUGCUGGAGAUCGUUCAGGGAUCCGGGUUCAAGUUGCAGACGUUGCAUCUGAGUUUUGAGGAUGAAGAAGAUGCCAUCUGA